GCAGUUAGCGGUUCAGAAAGACAGUCAGGUUAACUAAACGCCAUUGUUACACUAAGAGUGUUCUUUAUUUUGUUACAAUAAUUUUGUUUAUUAAUGGACACAAUAAGAAGUGAUAGUGUAAGUGGAUAGUAAAUAUUAGUGCAAUAGUGGACGUGACUCUGACUAUUUUUAUUGAACUGAAAUUAUUACAAAGAUUAGUCAAUGUCAGCAGGCGUGUCAGAUCAGCGGAUGAAAGGACAGGGAAAUCAAGUGUCCAAUGGCCCUAAAGAACAGCUAGGUGUGGGAGAAGGAGCAGGAGGCUCUGAAGAAUUUGAACCAUGGAGGACUCAGCAACAAAACACGACUGCUCACACUGCUUAUGGUGCUUCCGUUCCAAUUUCAAGUGCUACAGAUAUUUACAAUAUGAGUACAGCAGGGUACUAUGGAAGUGGAGGAACUUACCCAUAUCAGGCUUAUGGUGUUGGAGAUGGAACAUGGUCAAACGGAACAGAUCCAAUGACCUUCCUAAGCGGUUAUCCACACGAUUCUUAUUCAAUGGAUGGUAUGUUCGGACCGUCAACGACAUUCUCAACACCUACUGCAUUUGCUGGUCAGCCUUCUUCAUUCAAUUAUUUCCACAGCAACGGCGACUUCAAUACUUGGGGGAGUCAACUAGGAGGACAACGCAAGUACGAUGAUUAUUAUAGGGAUCACCAGAAUAUGUACACAACACAAGCCAUGCCUGAUUCGACUCUCAAAAGUGUGGAACAAGCUAUGCAGAAUUUAGACUUGAAAGCAUCUAUGGAUUCAAAAGAAUCUCUAGGUCAACCAAAGAAAGCGACAUGGGCGAGCAUAGCUAGCCAGCCCGCCAAGCCUCAACUGUCUAUACAAAACCAAGGGCUUAAAAAGAAAGGACCGGGUAUGCCCCCAGGUCCGAUUGUUCCAGGAAAGCACAAUAUGGAUAUAGGUACUUGGGAUACCAACAAGACCCCACCUCAAUUACCUCCGGUUGUGACAAAUCCUCCAAAAAAUGUGGUGGCAUCCACCGUAGCGGUAAGACCCGCUUGGACAGGUCCUCCUAAUAAUAGGCAAGUACCCGCAGUGGCACCACGUCCCCAGCACCCGAUGCCCGCUUAUCAACCACAGAAUAUGAUGCCUCCACACUUGCCUCCUCAAGUCAGUAUGACUCCUGGACACAUGCAGGGAAUGAUGCCACCACCUCUGCCCGCUAUGAUGGUGCAAACACCUCCUACUACCACUGCAGCUCUUACACAUCCAGUUUUAGAUGAAUUAAAAGGAAAAAACAAUUAUAAUCCAACGGAUUUCGAUUUAACUGCUCCAAAUACAAGGUUCUUUGUUAUAAAAUCAUAUUCAGAAGAUGAUAUACACAGGAGUAUCAAAUAUGAAAUAUGGUGUAGUACAGAACAUGGCAACAAACGUUUAGACACUGCUUUCAGGGAGCGUGGUAACAUUUAUUUGUUCUUUUCUGUUAACGGUUCAGGACAUUUUUGUGGAAUGGCACAGAUGGUAUCAGCAGUGGAUUAUAACGCAAAUAGUUCUGUUUGGUCACAAGAUAAAUGGAAGGGACAAUUCAAGGUACGCUGGAUAUACGUUAAAGAUGUCCCCAACGUUCAAUUACGUCACAUCCGUUUGGAGAAUAAUGAUAAUAAACCUGUCACGAAUUCGCGAGACGCCCAAGAAGUGCCCCAUUCGAAGGGAGUGCAAGUUUUGCGUAUUAUGCAUUCUUAUCGACAUUCUACAUCGAUAUUUGAUGAUUUCAUACAUUAUGAAAAACGACAAGAAGAAGAAGGAAUACGCAAACAGUCGGUAAUUAAAGAUAGUGUUAGUGGAAGUGGAUCCGGAAGUGGAGGAGGUAGUCACGAAGGAGUACAGAAUAGGGAGCAUAGAGAAAGGGGUGAUCAUAGGGGUGGAAGGAAUCACGAUAGGGAUCGAGACGGAGGAGAAGGUGGACAUCGUUCUGGUGGCGGAGGACAUAGGAAUAAUGACCAUCAUGGGGAAAGGGGACAUAAGGACCGUGAAAAUAACAGAGGUCGCGGCGGUCGCGGAGGAGGUCGUAAUUGAGAAUUUUGCAUAUAAAAAAGAAACUAGCAAAAGCAUCCAUCAUAAUAUAUAUUUUUACGGCUGCUGUGUUGUCCUCUAGUGUUAUUCCUAUUAUCGGCUUUCUAAAACAAUUUUCAUUGACACAUUUAUCCAUCAAAAUAGAAAUUAGUGGCCAUUUUCUAGAGCAUCUAAUACAACAUAGCUCAAACCGCAAGUAUUUUAAUGUCGAUGGAAAUACAGACUCAAAUGUUUUCCCAAAUCUUUUCCGUAACUCUAUACAAAUUUACCGACUUAUGUUUUUGUUUUUUUAUAAUGCAAGUUAACUAAUUACUCUUUGUUUAGUUUUUUUACUCUUUAAGAUUUUUUCUGUAAUUGCACAUUGUUUUUUUUGGACUGUUUCAUUUCUGGGAUACCUUUAAUUCCUCUGAACAUUUUUGUUAUUUAUCUAUAUAUAUAUAUAUAUAUAUAUAUAUAUAUAUAUAUAUAUAUAUAUAUAUAUAUAUAUAUAUAUAAUAAUCAUUGAUUGGUAUACCAUUGUCAUAAGAUUGUUAAAAGAUGGAAUAUUUUAAUACUUUUCAUUAUUGUAGAUAUACUUUUAGUAAUAAGAGAUGUUUUUAAAUGCCCUCAAAAAACAUUAUCAUAUUAUUUUAAUUUAUUGCAUAAUGGUAGAAUAAACAUUUUACUUUUUCUUGGAAUGCCGUUUUAGCUGUAAAUAGUUUAUUUUUUUCAGCAUUAGAGUUUGCGAAUGAGGGAUUUUCUAUAAUUCUCACCAUUUUGUAUACAGAGAGUUGUUUGAAAUGGAGAAUUCUAAUAAAUGACAUUGUCAAUACAAUUUAACCUUAGGGUGAUAGGAAAAUGUAAAGGUAUCUAGAAAAUGGCCCAUAGUUAAAUUUUCUAUCGUUUUCAGUAUAUUUAUUUCAAUUGCAUGUUAUUAGAAAUAACGGUAGAAGCAGAAAACGUAAUUUGGUUUAAAAUAUAUGCAAUAUUGUUUCUAUAAUAGUUGUUGCUUGAUAUUUUGCUUUUCCAUUUAUAAUAAAAAGAGCAUUUUAUGCAUUGCUAACAUUCAUGUACAUACAAAAAACAUUGGUUGAAUUGAAAGAAUACAUUUUUAAGAAAACUCUUUGUUUAUUUUCAUUUUUUUCUAAAAUAGGAAAGCCCAGACUUUUUUUUUAUUUUUAAUUAUUUCACAUUCAUGUUCUCACAAAAAUAUUGAUACGAUUCAAAGAAUAUGUAAUUUCUAAUUAGAAAUUUGUAUACACUUGAUGAAUGUUAGUACCACAUAAAAUGUACUAACAAAUUUCUAAUGAACUAAGCCGGUGAGGAUGCCACCACCAUUUCCAUUAUUGAAUUUACUCUUAAAACUUUUUUUCAAAAAUAAAAAAAAAUGUAUCGGUUACAAAGCGAAUCUAAAAAGGUAUAUGGAUUCUAGCAGAGUAGUUGUACAAUAAUUGUCCACUCUUCGGAUCGGUAAUGAAGAUAAAUAUAUAACAAAAAGAAAGAAGAAGAAAUAGUGCAGUGUUUUCAUUUGUGUGACAGAGAGUGAUAACGGGAACUAAAUAAAUUUAAAUUUUGUAAUAUAUAAACUGUAGUUGAAUUUUGUCCGGACUAUUAAUGUUGAUAAUUCUCAACGGCCUUUCGUUCCAGUGUUCGGGUAUAGAGAAAGAGAGGAGGUUGGGCCGUGUAUAAAAUAUAACGAAAAUAAAAAAAAAAAAAAGGAAAAUAUAUAUGUAUUUAAAAAGAAUAACAUUCAGUGGGCGACGAACUGUGCAAGUGAUCGCAAAGGUUUUUAAAUAAACUAUAAAUAAAUAACAAAUUGGCUACUGUUUUAGUUAAAAAGAACACUGACAUAAUAUUUGUUUAUAUCUGUUACAGUUUUUCAAUUUUCUAAUAUCUUGUAGGUGAUGAUAUAUAUGAUAACAUGAACUGUGUGCACCUUUUUUAAAUAUUUGUUGAGAUUGAAUAGUUUAACUUAAGGCUACUAAAAACAUAGACAUGCUAUGUUCUCUUCAACUGUUGUUUUUUCUAUUUAUUUAUUCAAUAACUAUUAUCAAACUACAAAUAGAAACUAAAUAAAACUGUGAGAAAGUUUUAUCAAAAUAUUAUAAAUAAAUUGCAAUUUUUAUGUAGUACGUGUGUAUAAUUAAUAUUUUUUACAGAUUUUCAUUUUCAUCUAUAAUUUCAUAUCUCUUGUGUUAUGUUUGUUAAAGCCUAAAUAAAUUAGCUCAAACUUAUUUUGGAUUAUUACUUUAUAUAAAUAACUGGAAGCUUUCUUAUCUAUCGAAGUAAAAAAAUUCAACAUGUAUUAAAAAUAAUUGAAUAGAAGUUAAAAAUUUGUUUCUAUCUGUAGAUAUAUAAAUGAUCUUGCCUUUUUGUUUAUACAAAUCGGUAUAUUGAUGUAAAAACACUUGAAUGUCGAUUAAUGAUAACCAGUCGGAUCCUGUGCAACAAUAACUAAUAAAUGUUUAACUUUCAAAUGCACGUAAUUGAAGAAUUUACAAAAAAGCAUGCAAAAUUUUUAAUCAAGAAGCUCGGACUGAUCUAAUAAUUUCACAAGAAAAUUAUUGAAUAUCCUUACCGGUAUUUUUGUGUCAAUAGGUUCUAUAUCUAUAUCGAAGUGAUAUGUUAAGUUACAUAAACCAAAAUUUCAUAUUUUUUUGUAAAUGCUUUAUUUUGUAGAAGCGAAUCAUUGUUAUUUCGAUAUAAACGAAUCCACAUUUGUCAAAAGACGUCCACAUGCCUUUUCGCUGCAAUAACAUGAAUAGUAUUUUAAUAGUUACUCAAGAUUUUUCGAAAAAAAAAAUUGAGAAAGCAAAUGUUGAUGUCUUUAAAUAUUUGUAUUUAUUGAGGGUAUUCUAUUUGUUAUUAAUGUUUUUUUUUCAGUUUAUAGUAAAAAUUUGUAAAUCAUUUCUUGAAAAAAAUGUAUUUUUUCUUGUAGAUUCCAGUAAAUCUAUUUUGUCGAUAUUAUUCCUACAUAAAAUACAUUCAAAUAGUUCGAAAGCUGUAAAGUAAAAUUGAAUAGAACAAAUUUUCUAAUAUCGUGACUUGAGCUCCGUUAUUUUUAUAGUGCCUCAGUAUUUUAAAUAUGCAAAUUUUCUAACAAUGCUUAUACAAAACGAUAAAACUUCUGAAGGGAAUCCCACAUAGUUUAAUAUAAUUCAAGAUAAUAUGAAAAAAAUUCACGAACGUUAUCUUUUUCACUUUUUUUCUUGUAUGUAUAUUGUAAAUAAAUGUAUAAAAGUGUAAAAUAAAAAUGAGUUAUUUAGUAAAAGUUGUUGGACCAAUUUUGAACUGCCAAUACAAAAAUCAUCAAAUAUUUCAUAUUUUUUUAUUAAUUUGAUUAUCUAUUCGAAAUAUUACAUCAUAUUUUGGUACUAAAACAACUUUAUAUAUAUAUAUAUAUAUAUAUAUAUAUAUAUAUAUAUAUAUUGUGCAGUUCCGAAUGAUCAAAACAACGUUUUAAGUCUUCUCAAGUUUAUUUUUUUUUCUUUAUAUGUAAAAGUUGAUCCAUUACUGACACAUAUCGAGUGUUUUAGAUUCACUGAAUCUGAUAUAUAUCAAAAAAAAAAAAAUAGAAUUGCAGGUACAAUUAUCGAAAGGUUUAACUUAUUUCUACAAAUCCGUUAUAUGAACAUUGAAUAAAUUUUUAGAUUUCGAAUAAAUCAAAUCGAGUUCUCGAGUACGUGGUGGUUCAACUAGCACAUUCAAAUAAGAACAUAGCAUGGCAUAAUGGUAUUUUUUUUUGUGUAGUCAUUUAUCUGUACACUGUGCCUAAUGUUUUAGACUGAUGCACACCGUGCGUUUGUUGGUUAUGAUUAUUACUGAUUUAUUUGAGUGUGAUCCGAAAAGUGGGCGUCUGUUGAUAGCGACGUCAAUAAAUAAAUCAUCA